AUGCGUUUUAUAAGGUUUCGCUGCGCUCCUGAAGACUGCAAAGCCGUGAUUGCGGUCACAAUUCGUACAUCUUCCUUUACGCUCUCUCUCUCAGCGCCAGAAGACCCGGCUAGUCCGUUUCAGCUAGUCAUUGGCCUGCGAAUCACCUCAAGCAUGCAGCCAGGCCGACCCAUCACUAUCUGUACGGGGAACUCCGUCUUUGAGCGGAGCCCGCCGCCGUCUGGGGGCCUCGACAUGCUUGCUCAAGGCGCUGUCGGCGGCGGCUUAAUCAACACUCAUAACAACAAGCGCAUCGGCCUUGGUCUUUUCCGGCUUCACCAUGGGGUAUACCCGAGCGACUCCUCACCAGACUUGAAAAUACGGGGAAAGGAGUUCAUCACUAUUCCCGGGGAUGGAAGCGAGUCCCGUGUAACACAUGAUCUACCGUUCAGCCGCAUGUUCAAGUACGCGGAGGGCAUAAAAAAGGAAGACUUGCAGCCUGGAGAGACCUACAAGGUGGGUAUAUAUCAUGGGUGUGUUGGCACGACCUGGUGGUGUUGGGGUGCUCUGGACGGUGAUCUAAAGGGGAAGAGGUUGUGUGCCUGGCAGGAGGGGUUCGAGUAUAACGACGUAGCCAGGCCGAGCGAUGAAGAAGUGGAGAGGGAGGGUUGGGUGCUCGGCAUGCAUCCGGCGCAACUAAAGUUUGAGGAUCAGACUGAGGGCGGAUAUGCGGAGCUCCGGAUUGUGGAGUAG